AGACGCCCCCUCCGGCCCCGCGCGGGAGGAGGGAAUGGGAAUGAGGCUGGGCCCGGCUGCUCGCGGGGCUCCCUCCUCCCCUCCCCUCCGCUCCCCCGUCGGCGGGCCCAGCGGGUCCGAGGGCUGCGCGGCGGAAACUGAAGACGCUGCAACAGCGGCCGAGGCGGGAGGGGCCCGGAGCCCCGCCCCGGGAGGGGCCGCCUUGCAGGCCCCCCUCCAUCCUACACGACCUCAACGACGUAGAGAAUGAAAUUUAACGACAGGAAGGACGCGGUCGAUGCAGCAGUGAUAGACUGAGCCUAAGGCAGAAGCACGGCCCCUAGGUUCCCGUGCCGGCAGGAUGUUGGAGAGAGGCGCGAAAUCUCAGGCCCGGAGCACUGAUCCUAGCCCCUCAGGCAAGGACAUGGUGACCAAAGGAGGAGAUCCCCACCAGGGCCGGCAGCAGAAACCAAACCAGUCACAGAAACCCAGCCAGUCGGCUCCAGGGCCCACCGCAGCUGGGGGCGCAACCUCCCGGCCCCGCCGGCGGCCCCCGCCCCAGCGCCCGCACCGCUGCCCUGACUGUGACAAGGCCUUCUCCUACCCGUCCAAGCUGGCCACGCACCGGUUAGCGCACGGCGGCACCCGGCCCCACCCGUGCCCCGACUGCCCCAAGGCCUUCUCCUACCCCUCCAAGCUGGCAGCGCACCGCCUCACGCACAGUGGCGCUCGCCCGCAUCUGUGCCCACACUGCCCAAAGGCUUUUGGCCACCGCUCCAAGCUGGCGGCUCAUCUCUGGACCCACGCGCCCACCCGCCCCUACCCGUGCCCUGACUGCUCCAAGUCCUUCUGCUACCCCUCUAAGCUGGCAGCCCACCGCCACACGCACCACGCCACCGACGCUCGCCCCUAUCCUUGCCCCCACUGCCCCAAGGCCUUCUCAUUCCCCUCCAAGCUGGCCGCCCAUCGCCUCUGUCAUGACCCCCCCACUGCGCCGGGCAGCCAGGCCGCCAGCCGGCACCGAUGCUCCACCUGUGGCCAGGCCUUCGGCCAGAGACGCCUCCUGCUUGUGCACCAGCGAGGCCAUCACCAGGCGGAGGGACAGGGAGAAAGAGAGUGAGCCCUCCCAGUGGCUCACGGGCCCCCUCUGCUGCCUGCCCAUCAAUAAACAGGUGGGAUUCCUAGGCUGGCUGUACGGAUUUGCUGCUUCUAUUGAGCUGCCAGGAAGAGACUGGCCGUUUAUACCAGGCCUGAAAGUAGAAGGCUGGGGAACUGUGCUGGCCUGAGGGGCAGGUGUCAACCAGACUUAGCACUGGGUCCAAAACUACGGACCUGCAGCUAUGGUUUGGUGUGGCUGGCUUUGUCUGGUUCUCCCCUCCCACUUCUCUGGCAAAGGUAAAAAGUCAGCAGGUAUCCUGGGUUGGUGAGGAAUGUGGGCAAACAGGCUCUCUAUUGUGUUGAAUCAAGGUUUAACUUAAUGACCCCACCUUGGCCACAUGACCAUUUAAGACACACACUUCCCUGCUGAAAUGAUUCCACCUGUAGGAAUUUAUCCUAUAAGCUCAAGCAUGGGGAAGGGGCAUGAAGGUAAGGAUGUUCACUGCAGCAUGACGGCUGUGGCCAGAUUUUAAACAACCCAUGUGCCCAUCACUGGGGGCCAGCGACAAAUGAUGAUGCUGCCAUGAAAUGGAAUAGACAGCUGUAGAAAUAAAGUCAUCACUCUAUCCCCUGGUGUGGAACGAGCCCGGAGAUACACAAGGUGAUACGGGAAGAAUAAAGAGCAUCCCCGACAGUACUCAAACAUUGGAAAGCCCAAACCUUGGAGCCAGCCCUGCCUGCCUUGUUUGGAGGUGUGAGUCCAUGGACAAACACUGUCACUUCUCUGGACUUGUGCCUUAUCUGUAAAACAAGGAUGUCUUAAGGCAUUGGGAAGGGGCAAGCAUCAUCUCAGGCAAGGUCAGUUCCCUUUCGGAUGUCUUCCCCACCCUAAGGUAAGAGUGAACGACCUAGCAGGCCUAGCAUAGGACCACUCUUUAUUCCAUAGAUUAUACUACGUACCUACUGUGUGCUCCACCCUGCAUGGGACAUUAGGGACACAGCAGUGAAGACAGACUUGGCCCAGUGAGGACAGUGGACACUUAACCAAGUAGUGACUCAAAAAAAGGCAUGGUGAUACAGCCCCCCCAGUUUGGGAGGCUGAGGCAAGAGGAUCGAAAGUUCUACCCUAGGCUGGGCAACUCAGCAAGACCUUUAUGGGGCUGGGGAUUUAGAUCAGUGAUGGGAUUCUUGUCUACCAGGUGUGAGGCCCUGGGUUCAAUCCCCAGGUAUCCCCCCCCCCAAAAAAGAAAUCCCAAAGCCAGAAGUAUGGGAGCCUUGUUUUGUCUCACUUUCCCCAGAUACAAGAAUUGUAAAAAGGCUGUAGUAAAGUCUGUGGUGUUGGCUUGGGAAGUCAAUUGAAAGGAACUGAGAUCUGUAGAAACAGACCUGCAUUUACACUGAUAUAUGACAAACCCUACCUAUAGAUGGACAGGCUUUCCUGUAAGGGGUCUGACAGUGUAUAUUCUGAUUCUCUCCCCAGUACUGGGGCUUCACACUGAGCUACAUACCCACCCCUUUUUAUUUUUUGAGACAGGGUCUUGUUGAGUUGCCCAGGCUGGUCUUGAACUUGCAGUCUUCCUGCCUGAGCCUCCCAGAGUGCGGGGAUUAUAAGAUUAAGCCGUCAGGCCCAGCCGGAUAAUAUAUAUUCUUAGGUUUUGCAGGGCAUAGUGUCUGCCACAAAUAGUCAAUUCUGCUGCUGUAGUGGAAAAGCAGCUAUACACAGUAUCACACAUACAUGAAGGGGUGUGGCUGUGUUCUAAUAAAACUUCAGAAAGUCAGUGGGCUAGAUUUUGCCUCUGGGCUUCAAUUUACCACCUCCUGCUAUAGAUGAAAAGGGCAAGGACAAACUUAUCAGUAAAUGAGGCUGGAAUAUAUAGUUCAAUGGGAUCCUAUGGUAUGCAGAAUAAUGCCCCCUAAGUAUGUCUUGGUAUGAUCUCUAGAAUCUCUAUGUCAGCACACACACAACAAAGGGGAGCUUGUAUAUGUUUAAGAAUCUCUGAUUAUUUGGGUAGGCCUAAUGGGAUCACAAAGGUCCUUAUAUGGGAAACAGGGCAGAGAGGAGUGCUAAGGAAUUUGGGUAGCCUGUAGAAGCAAGGAAAUGCAAAGAAAUGGACUCCUCUGGAGAGCUUCCAGGGCUGUGGACACUUUCCUUUCAGAUGAGCCUGAGUUUGGACUACUGAUCUCCAGAAGUAUAAGAAAAUAAAUCUGUGUUGUUUAAAACCA